AUGCCAACUUUUACCAAACUCAAGAGGAUAUUAUAUGACAUAUUGAGCAAGUAUGAAUUUUAAUGUGUUAAUUAUCCACAUUGCAAGGAUUUUUUGAACUAUGAAAAUUAUUUCAAGCAUGUUUAAACUUGUGAAAAUACAGAAGCCAAGUGUACAAGCAAGCAAUGUAAUGAUAUCAAAAUAAAAUAUCAAGCUAAAUCCUGCCUUGAGAUUGUUGAAAAACUGAAUUUAAAAACUCACUUCUUAUAAGAUAAGUUAGUGAAAGUAGAACAAGAGAAGAAUUAAAUGAUUAAACAUAUAAACUAAAUAACUUAAUAAGAGUAGCAAUUGAGAACUAAAACUCUAAAGCUCUAGGAUUAAGAAAAUUUGCUUAGAGAAUAAAAUAGUAAACUAUAAUAAGAAAGCAAAUAUUUGAGUGCUGAGAUUGAAACUAUAUCUGAUUCAAUGAAUGAGAUAGCUUCAUCAGAAGCAGAUUUAAAAAAUCAAAUUUAGCAGCUUAAGACAGAAAAUAAAAGGAUUAAUGACGAAAAUAAAAGGAUUAAUGACUAGUAUGACGUGUAAUAAGCACAGAUUAUAUACAUCUAACAAGAAAAGGAGUAACUUUAGAGUCGAUAUUCAGAAUUGCAAAAGAAAAUUUCAGCUUUAAAGGAAGAUGAUAAUGAAAAAUAAGUAAAAAAUUAAUAAAAUGCAAAGUAGAAUAAAAAGGAUAUAGAAGAAAGUAAAUCUAUUGGUUUAUAAGAAUUGCUAGAAAAUUUAAAUUUGGCUUUGGCUUUGGGAUCAGAUGUCAAAAAGGAAGAUGAAUAAAAAUAAAUUGAGAUUUAAGAAAGUUAAAAGCAACUAAAAGAACUGGAUUAGCCCGGUCUAUUGCAAAAAUUAUAAUUUUUAGGAAAAGUUUUAGCUUUAAAUGAAAUAGUUGAGAAAAUUGAAAAGGAGUAAAAUGAUACAAGAGAUGCUAUUAAUAUAAGUAUAGUCACGAAAUGUCCAUCUGGGCAUCUGUAUUAAUUAUUGGAAAUGAAUGAUAAAGAAGUAGAAGAUUAAUAAGCUAAAUGCAAAAAAUGCAAUAUCUAAGAAGAGGUUAAAUUUGAAUCACAUUUCAAAUGUACAGGUUAGGCUUGCAAUUACACUGUUUGCAAAGAUUGCUUUAAUUACAAAUGA